CAGUCUCCAGCUGUCGACGGAUACGGUUGUCGGCGCACGUAGUAGAUAAGAAGUUACAAAAUCAACAUGGAAUUCUGUGAAUCGGAUACAUGUAGUUCCCAGCUUGGCGCCUAUCAAAAAGAACUAUUCUCAGCAAGCUUUUACUUUGGUCUAUGCGCGCUCAUCUCACAUGGUUUGCUGCUGGGCAUCACCGUGGUCAUAGCGCACAAGUGUAUAUCCCUUAAGUUGGAGCAUACGGCUGGACACGCUUUCUACUGCACAGUGGGCUUUGUCUUUUGCCUUGGUGAAUCAUUGUUAGUGCAGCAGAGCAAGCUGCUCAAGCUCUGGCUAAGCUCGUUUAGUUUGGAUUUGCUACACAGUGCAUUGAUUCUGUUGGCCUUUGGCAUUGGUGUCGUGGGUGUGGGCAUCAAGACCUGGCAGAAGCUACAGCGCAAGCGUGACGAUCCCAAAGCCCAAGUACUGCACUUUCGCAGCAAUCACGGCUUCUCAGGCAUUAUCGGUUGUGUCUUGUUGCUUUGCUGCCUGCUCAGCGAUCUGGCGUUAUAUUUAUUUGCAAGCAAAUCUUUGCAGCUACUUCAUCGGUUUUUCACCAUCAGCAGCUUCGUCGCUCUCAUGACAUCGCAACUAUUUGGCUACAAAACGGGAUUUGCCUCACGCCAAUGGAAAGCUCACCAUGUGCGCUGGUUCCAGUUGCUCACAUUUGUAGUCACUGUUACAACUAUUAACUAUGAAUUUAGACUUUUUUCGCGAGAGCUUGUGGCACAUCUAACUUGAGCACAAUAACUGUUAUAAAUAAGGUAAAUUUAUGCUUUAUUUUAAAUACAUUGCAUAUGUGUAUGAAUUUAUUUAGUUCUAAGCUAUCAACCAUUUAGUACAUUAACUAAGUAAAACAAACAAAAAAUACAAAAUAUAAAUCGGAUACGUUCGAGAACAUAACAAA